CCGUCGACGACUCUGAGCACCGCCACGACACGCUCGAGGACCGCCGAGACGACGCGAGGAGCUUCGCGCGCGUCUGCAAGGCGUGGAGAGCGGCGGGCACGGCGGCGGCCUGGCGCGAGGUCGAGCUCUUCCUCGGCAUGGCGUUCUGGGUCGGCAAGCAUCUCGAGACGUACCCACACCUGUUCAAGCACGUCGAGUCGAUGAGCGUGUCCCUGUCGUACCUGAGCAUCGCGCGAGCCGACGACGAGUCGCAGGACGUCGUCGCCUCGUGCCCUCGUCUUUCCCGCCUCGAGCUGCGCGUCGACCGCCAGGCGGGCUCAUACCUCCAGGCGCUGCAAGACAAGACCGACCUGACCAAGCUCGUCGAGGUCGUCAUCCAGACGGUCGACAUGUCGUGGCAGUCGUGGCAUCACUACGCCACCUUCGACCGCCUCGUCUCGGCAAACCUCGUGUUCGCCUUCGUUCGCGCUUGCCCCAACGUGCGGCGCUUCGCCUACAUUGGCCACCAGGAGAUCGUCAACGAGACGGCCGACGUGCCCCGCGGUCGUCGCAUCAAGCUCGACGAGCUCACGCUCGACAUCAAGGACACGAAGCUCGACUCCGAGACCGGCCGUCGCUCGUCGUCCAUCCGCAGCAGGUUCCUCCUCCAGUUCGACCUCGGGCGCCUCGUCACCUUCAAGGCACACGUGAAUCUGCGCGACGGCGACAACCUCGCUGCGCUCGACCGCAUGGUCAACCUCGAGACGCUGCGCCUCGUCGACGACCACGGUCUCGACGUCGCCGCCCUCGACGCGCUCGGCGCGCGCCUCGUCCGCCUCGUCAAGUUGCGCGACGUCGACCUGUCGGCCGCACCCGAGGUCGAGUGCCCUACGAGCCCGGCCGUCCUCAAAGCCGUCGAGCGCCUCUUCAAGGCCCUCCCGGCGACGGUCGAGCGCCUCAGCCUGUCGGUCCCGCUGCCCGAGCCGCUCGCCGAAGCCUUGCUCGAGGGCAGCCCCGGCCUCGAGCACUUCCUGUCGCACGUCUACGACCCGCUCGACGUCCGGCCCGAGGCGAGCGAGAUGCACUGGCGCAGGACGGUCUACGUGUCGGGCGACGAGAUGGAGCAGCUCGACGUCGAGGACAACGAGAGCCUGUGAGGGAGCGGCACAAGGUCGCCUUUCUCGGGUCGGGCGGGACAGGAGCGUGGCAGGGCUUGCUGGAGCUUGACGUAGCGUAGUCUGGGUGCAAUGUCUGUGCGAGGGCG